AUGUCAGGCGCACCGGACGAAGGCCAUCCAAGCCAUUUAGACCCUAGCGAACUAGGCACAAAGGAGUACUGGGAGACAUUCUACUCCAGAACCCUAACAAACAUCUCAACGAAACACAACCCAGCCGCCGAGAAAGGCCCCGUGGGAGACGCUGAAGCCGGCAAUGAAGACUCAGACUCAGAAGAAGAAGAAGACGACUACAACGCCGACUCGGAUCCCGGCACGUCUUGGUUCUCCGAGCAUAAUGCGCCGCAGAAGGUCCUCGAUUUCUUGACCCGCGAGACGUUUCCUCUUGCGCCAGUGAAUACGCUCCCCGGUGGUUCUGCGUCUGAGGCUAUGUCAGGAAGUAGCUCUGGCAUCCGGUCAAUACGCAAAAGGACGAAAGGGUUAAGCGAUGCCGAGAAGAGGGGCCAGCCUACGAUACUGGACCUGGGGACGGGGAACGGGAGCAUGCUUGCGCUGCUGAGGAAGCGCGGUGGGUUUGUGGGCGAGAUGGUGGGGGUGGAUUAUUCGGCUAAGAGCGUGGAGCUGGCGCGCGAGCUGCAGGUUACGAGGAGGCAUGAGGCUUAUCUGAGUGAUUCUGAUGAGGAGGAUGAGGGGUCUUGGUCUGAUGACGAGGCUGAGAAGGGAGAAGAUCGGGAAGAAGAAGAGGAAUGGAACGAGAUCCGGUUCGAAGAGUGCGACAUCCUUAACUGCGAGGCAGAUCUGCAGGGCCAGAAGGUACACUGGUUCCCGUACGACAAGGGCGGCUUCGACAUCGUCCUUGAUAAGGGUACGUUUGAUGCUGUGAGUCUGAUGACUGAGAAGAGCGAGUGUGAAAAGUACCCGGGGAUCGCGGGAGGGCUUGUUCGCAAGGGCGGGUUCCUGGUUGUGACGAGUUGUAACUGGACGGAGGAGGAGCUUGUUAAGUGGUUUACUUCGGCUGAGCUGAAGGUUGGGGGCGAUGGGAAGCUGGUUGUUUCGGGGAGGGUGCAGUAUCCCCGGUUCAGAUUCGGUGGGCAGGAAGGGCAGGGGGUUUGCACGGUGUGUUUUCAGCGGGCUUAG